AUGGUACGGUUCACCAUCGAAUCGGUGCUUUCAGCAGCGAGGUCAAGGCUAUAUGCCUUUCAACCUCGUCUCGAUGGAUACAAGCAAUUUGGAUCAAGGAGAAAUCAGCUACCAAAGCAUGCUCAGAUUUAUGGCAUUGCAGCGGUGAUCUUUCUGUUGCUAUUCACAGGAUACAGCUUCAGUGAUCACUUCACCGCGCCGACUACCGCGCCAACUAUAUACGAAGCUGGAAUCCCUGGAUUUAAUGUCUUUCGCAAUGUUUGGUAUAACAACCAGACUUUUCACCUCUGGGACCCGACGGACGCUGCCAUGCCAGUGGAGGAUUCGAUCUUAUCACCGCGAACCAAGGCAGUCGUCCACACAGAAAUCCCGAUAAAGGGCAGGCAUGUUGUCUAUCUAAAGGGCGCAUCGUUGCUGAUUAAUGAAAAGGCCGGAGACGAAUGGAGUGGACUAUGGCACUAUUAUCACUUUGCAGCGGAAGCUAUGCUCGGCGGUCUGACGGCUUUCUCUAUCGCUGAGAGCGUAGAAAGGAUAGAAUCACCACAGGCGUACCUCCCUGUGGUCCCCGAUAGACUAAUCAUUCCUUGGGAUUCGAAUUGGCACGAUAGGUGGGGUAUCAAUCCUUUGAUGGUAGAUGCUCUAUUCGAUGAUGUACUGGAGCCUGAACAAUGGGGCAAAUGGAGAGAGCACGACAAUUGGAUAUUCUUCGACCAGCUGAUCAUUGUCGAUCGAUGGGCUGCGCACCGGUACAAUAAAGGCACACAAGCGUGGAACAAGAUGUCAGUCGACAUCUUCGAGAGACCACACCCAUUCGAAUUCUUUGCACCCGUUCGACAGCGGUUGAUGAAGCAUUUCGGCUUCCACGAGCAUACCUCAACUAUACCGAAUGUGGUCUAUGUAGAUCGACAAUCGAGCGAUCGAAGGCUCGUUGCUGAACAUCACGAAGCGCUCGUAGCGCUCUUGCGCUCCCGGCAUGAGAGAGGGGAGAUCAAGUUUGUCCAUGCUGCUUGGGAGAACCAUACGGUGAUUGAGCAGUUUCAUAUCUCGGCCGAUGCCGAUAUCAUGGUUGGCGUCCAUGGAAACGGCCUGACACAUGAGAUGUGGAUGACCGAAAAGGCCACCUUGGUAGAGCUCUUCCACCCUGGAGUCUUUCUCAGAGACUACCAAGCCGUCGCUCAUGUUUUGGGCCAUCAAUAUUUUGCCGUCUGGAACGACACAUUGCAUACUCAGGCUGAAUGGGAAGCGGAUCCGGGGGAGAAAAUGUCUUGGAUGACGCACAGCGGAACAGAGUUUCCUCUUUAUGUGCCUUUCUUUGAAACACUGCUUGAUCGACUGCUGGCUGGAGUUUAA